AAAAUGUCUGGUCGCGGCAAGGGUGGUAAAGUGAAGGGAAAGGCAAAGUCCCGCUCGAAUCGUGCCGGUCUGCAGUUCCCGGUCGGCCGUAUUCAUCGUCUGCUGCGCAAGGGUAACUAUGCCGAGCGCGUCGGUGCCGGCGCACCGGUGUAUCUGGCGGCCGUGAUGGAGUAUCUGGCCGCGGAAGUGCUCGAGUUGGCCGGUAACGCCGCCCGUGACAACAAGAAGACGCGCAUCAUCCCGCGCCAUCUGCAGCUGGCCAUCCGCAACGACGAAGAGUUGAACAAGCUGCUUUCCGGUGUGACCAUCGCCCAAGGCGGUGUGCUGCCCAACAUUCAGGCCGUGCUGUUGCCGAAGAAGACGGAAAAGAAGGCAUAA